AUGCAGCAUGCUGGCUCCAGCAGGAUGGCUCCAGCAGGACCGCCGGCUUUGACUGGUGGCGCGUGGAAGCAUGCGGCUGAAGAAGCCAACACAAGGGCAAAGGCGGAUCAGCCAGGGCUGUCUGUGACAGCUCAGGCAGACUACGAGCUGUCGAAGAGAUCUUUCAAUGCACCGCCGACACGCUCGACCGACCACAUCGAAGAUGAGGCUCGAGAUCAGGCGAGAAAUGAUAGGAGGUAUGCAAGAUCUUCGGCGCAGGUCACGCCGGCUGUUUUCGCCACACAGAUCCGGUCCCAUGUGUUCAACGAGACCACUGCUACCAUCGAGGAGCUCCCUCCAGGAGAUUUAGAGCUCCCACCAAGGGCCGAGCCGCCAUUGAGGCAAGAGCCUGUUCAGGCCACAACGCCAGGGACAGAGGAUCGGGAUGCGGUGUUGAGACAGAUCGAACUGGUGCCUCUCCUGUUCAGUCUUGUGCACCAAUCGCGGGACAAGAUCAUGGGAGAGAUCGCCACUGAUUUGGGUUUUGGGGAAGGGUCGGCGGUUAGGCCAGCCAGCAGGGUAGAUCCGCCCCGUAGGCAUGGCCUCCUGGAUCCGGCUGUUCCCUCGGUCAAGAAACCCAAGAUGAUCCCAGCAAGUGAAGAAGUCACAUCUUUGAAGUCAGAAGAACAGAAAGAGAAGAUCCGAUGGGCCGCAAGGCUCAAAGCGAUCGCAAUGAGAGCUGGAGAUCAUGCGCUCAUCAGCAAGCCGCUUCCCGGCCAGCAAAUAUCAGCGGAGGAGCAGGCUGAAAUUCGAUCCAUGGUUUUCAGCUCGGGUGCGUUUCGCACGAUUCGUGUGAACGUGUUGGUUUGGGAAAAGAUGGAGAAGUGGGCUAGUUCGGUGGAUGACAAGAUCAUAGGAUUACAAGCCAAUUGGAAAGAUCCCAGCCAAUUGGUGCUCAAGUACGCUAGACAGCGCAAAGAGCUCUCCAUACGUAUGGUCCAGGACCUAGCUGCUCGUAUCCGAGCGGAAUGGGUCCCAGAUCAGAACCAUUUCGAGGUGGAGGACGAUGACGAUGUCGUCGAACCCUCUCCUUGCGAAUACGUGGUUAAGAAUGCCAUCGACAAGACGUCUUCUCCCAAGUCGGCAAAGCGGAAAAGAAAGCUCGAGCGCUUGCGAGAGGAGCUCGCCAAGGCCAAGGCCACCAGUGCAAACAAGUCGAUCAAGCCAGACAAAGCCGGCAGCGCAGCAGAUCGUGACAAGCGCAUCCCAGACUCAGAGUGGAAGUCGAUCACCAAGGCGGCUCAGUCUGUCAAGGGUGCCAAGAGGUGCGAGGCCGUGCUCACGCGCGCCAUGCGCAACGCCGGAUUUGCCUGCCUCCCUCCGAUCGAGCUGGAAAAGAAUCAGUUCGCCGAUGGUGGUCCUCCUCCUUUGCGCUCGCCGCAAGCAUUGUUUGGACUGCCCGGUCUGAAGCCGGCUGAUCAGCUGAAGGUCGACAUCGGCAAUCAACUCAUGCAGCUCACAGCGGAUCUGAUUCACCAGUGCCAAAAGCACGGCGCCAAGUGGUCCGUGGAGAAUCCUUUAGGUUCAUACCUUUGGGCCAUGCCGCCACUGCAGGAGCUGGCAAUCUCAGGUCGUCGCAUCGAGCUCGACAUGUGCCGAUUUGGUUCCCCACACAUGAAGCCAACCGCGCUCCUCACCACGGCUGCGCUCGACUCUUUGGCUCAACGAUGUGACAUGUCAGUUCGACCUCACAACCAUGAUCCUCUGGUCGGCACGGAGAUGGUCCAAGGUCGGCGACAGUUCAAAACCAAACGAGCUCAAGUAUAUCCCUCUGAACUGUGCCGCCAGUGGGCGGCUGCCUUGGGUUCCGACUCCGAUCCCAAUGCCAAGACGUUCACUAUGACCACACCGGCCGCUGAUCGAAAAAGGCCGCUCGGACAACCAACCCCGUGGUCGGCUCACCGACAAGAAAGUUCCGGUCACAAGGCGGUUGGUGCGGGCUACCAACUCAAGAAGUCUGUGCUCCCGCCAUUGCCGGUGGCCGAGUUCGAACCAGGCGAAGCAGUGAAGAUCGCCCUCAACACCAUCCACCCGUUUUCCCGGGCACCAGCGCUGGAGCCUGAUCUGCAAGAAGCGCUGGCUCUUACAGCUCUUCAUCCUGAAUGGGUGGUCACGCAUCGGUGUCGCGCCUUGCACUACUGGGAGCAUCGCGCGGUGGCUCUACUCCCUCACACAGAUCACGAGCUCUCCGCAAUACCUGAUCCUUGGCUGCGGCGCUUGCUCCGAGGUGCAGAUGAUGGGAAGCCUGUCGCGCUGGGAACAUGCACUCACAUUGCUCUUUGGCGCGAACUCGCCGCAGCUGCGCGAUCCGUGGAUGCCAAGCUCGUGGAUCAGAUGCUCACAGGACUGCCAAUUGUCGGGAGAUUGGUGGGGGUGGUGCCAGAUGCUCCACCCAUGGCCGUGAUUGCGCCAUCAGAUAGAUCGAUCCUCUUUUUGCACAAGAGCUCACUUUAUUUCGCUUUGCACCAAGAUCCCUGGAUGAUGAUGUGGCAUGAUUGUCCACUUGCAGCGCUGCUUCGAUCGCAGCUUCGGCAGUGCAUUGAUCUCAGUGAUGUCUUGCACACUGUUGGCACGCCCCACGUUGUGGUUCACCCCGCCCCGGAGCGGCGAAGGGCGGGCCCUGUCACCAUGAGCGAAGAGAUUGACAGGCAUGUGCUCAGGAAGUACGAGAUCGUUCAAAAGCUGGGCCGCGGCGCCUAUGGCAUCGUUUGGAAGGCCAUCGACAAAAAGACCCGCGAGGUGGUCGCUCUCAAGAAGUGCUUCGACGCCUUUCAGAAUGCCACGGAUGCACAACGCACGUUCCGAGAAAUCAUGUUCUUGCAGGAGCUGAACGGGCACGAAAACAUCGUGCGGCUCUUGAAUGUGCUGAAGGCUGACAAUGACCAGGACAUCUACUUGAUAUGUGACUACAUGGAGUCUGAUUUGCACGCGGUCAUUCGCGCAAACAUCCUGGAAGAAAUUCACAAGCAGUAUAUCAUCUACCAGCUCCUCAAGUCAUUAAAGUUUAUGCACUCGGGGCAGAUGCUUCACCGGGACAUCAAACCCUCGAACAUCCUCUUAAAUUCGGACUGCCAAGUCAAGGUCUGCGACUUUGGCCUGGCAAGAAGUGUUGUGCAGCAGCAGGACAACGCUCAAAAUCCCGUGCUCACGGACUACGUGGCUACACGAUGGUACCGAGCGCCUGAGAUCCUCCUGGGCUCCACGUCCUACAUGAAGGGCGUCGACCUCUGGAGUGUGGGAUGUAUUCUUGGUGAGCUCCUUUCUGGAAAGCCCAUUUUUCCAGGAACCUCCACGAUGAAUCAGCUUGACCGCAUCAUGGAGGUGACUGGACGCCCCAGCUCCGAGGACGUCGACGCCAUCAAGUCGCCCUUCGCGGCGACGAUGCUGGAGUCCUUGCCCAUGAGCAGGCCGAGGCCCUUGAGUGAGAUGUUCCCCUCCGCUUCGGUGGAAGCACUGGAUCUUCUCCGCCUUUGCCUGCAGUUCAACCCCAACAAGCGCAUCACGGCAAAGGACGCCUUGCGGCACCCGUAUGUUGUGCAAUUUCACAAUCCCGAUGACGAAUUCGACUGCGACCGCACGAUUCGAAUUCCCAUCGACGACAACACAAAGCUUACUGUGCAGGAUUAUCGGGACAGGCUGUACAAUGAGGUCCUUAAGAAGAAGAAGGAACAGCGCCGAUCCCACCGAAGAAAUCUGGAGAUGCAGCAGCAGUCACAAACUGCCGUGGUUUCACAGACCUACCAGCAGCCGGGUGUUCCGCAGCAGUACCAGGCUCAUUAUGGGCAGGCAAGUGGGGCUGCCGCCAAUGGCUCAUGCGGGCGCUGCUGGAGCAUGGACCUCAACUCACUGCGGCACGAGCUCAUGCACCCUGAUGGCCGAGCUCACGAGCUGAAUGGCCUUUGCGUGGGGCUGAGCUGA